CACAAUAAGCUAGCUGCUUCACAAAACACAGCACAACUAGCUGCAUAUCCACCACCAUUCUCAUUCUGCCAUGGAGGUUGAUCACCGCAUCAGGGUGAGCGGCGGCGACGGCGAGACGACGACCGGACAAGCCGGCGUUGUCGGUGUGUUCUUCGCGGGCUGCUGGCUGCGGCUCCGCUCGGUGCUCGUCGGGCUCUGCUGCUGGGUCGCGGGGUUCGCCAGGAAGGUGGGCAGGAUCGCCAGGGAGGAUCCAAGGCGGGUGGCGCACUCGUUCAAGGUCGGCCUGGCGCUCACUCUGGUGUCCGUCUUGUACUACGUGACGCCGCUGUUCAAGGGCUUCGGGGUCUCCACGCUCUGGGCCGUGCUCACCGUCGUCGUUGUCAUGGAGUACACCGUCGGUGGCACGCUGAGCAAAGGCUUGAAUAGAGCCUUCGCGACGUUUGUGGCUGGAUUCAUCGCCGUGGGAGCUCAUCAGGUAGCUAACCGCUGUGGUGCGCAGGGGGAGCCAAUACUGCUCGCCAUCUUCGUCUUCUUGCUAGCGUCGGCAGCAACAUUCUCGCGCUUCAUCCCGGAGAUCAAGGCGAGGUAUGACUACGGCGUGACCAUCUUCAUACUGACCUUCAGCCUGGUGGCCGUGUCGAGCUACCGCGUGGAGGAACUUAUUCAGCUGGCACACCAGCGCUUCUCCACCAUCGUCAUCGGCGUCCUUACCUGCCUCUGCACCACCAUCUUCGUCUUCCCUGUCUGGGCCGGCGAGGAUCUUCACAAGCUCACCGCAGGCAACCUCGAUAAGCUGGCACAGUUUCUUCAAGGAUUGGAAUCUGAAUGCUUUGGAGAAAAGGCUGCCAGCGAGAAUUUGGAGGGCAAAGCCUUUCUACAAGUGUACAAGAGCGUCCUCAACUCCAAGGCCAGUGAGGACUCCCUGUGCAAUUUUGCCAAGUGGGAGCCCGGUCAUGGCAAAUUCGGCUUCCGGCACCCAUGGAGCCAAUACCAGAAGCUCGGAGCUCUUUGUCGUCAGUGCGCGUCUUCAAUGGAGGCUCUUGCUUCCUAUGUCAUCACACUGCAAAAGUCCCAGGUAAUUGCAGAUUCUCCCCCAAUUCAUGAUAUUAAACGGAGACUAUGGAGCCAAGAUAUUGACCGACACCAUUUUCCUGAUCAACAGUACCCUGAGGCCAAUCCAGAGCUAACCUUGAAGGUCCGAACGGCGUGCGGGGAAAUGAGCUCGCACUCUGCUAAGGCGCUCAAGGAGCUAUCAACAGCCAUUCGGACAAUGAUCGUACCAUGUCCAGCCAACAUCGCCAUGUCCGCAGCCAUCAAAGCUGCAAAAGACCUCAGAAAUGAAUUGUCAGAGGAAGCAGCCCUGUUGCAAGUGAUGCAUGUGGCUGUUACUGCCACACUUCUCUCAGACUUGGUUACGACAAUAGUGAAAAUUGCAGAAACCGCUGACAAUCUAGCACGGCUUGGCCACUUCAAGAAGCCUGAAAAAACUCAGAAAGAUGUCGCUAUCAACAUUCCGAGCAGAUAAAGACGCAAAUUUCCUUCCAAAGGAAAAAAAAAAGAGGCAAACUUCUGUCCUCAGGUGUGGUUAUUCUAAAAAAAAUAACGUGAAAGUUCCCCUCCCUUAUACGGAGUACGUGGUUAGAUAGAAAUGAGGCACGAAACGGAGACUGCUGCUCGAACGCGGGUGGGCGAGCUCAUCCGCAUGUGCUCGAACCAACCAGACACUACUCGGUUCUCAUGUGGUUGUUCUAUCCAGAGAAUAAUCCACGGGAGCAUCAAUGCUAAGCCGAAUCUAUCGUGUACAGUACUAUAUCGUGUAUACAGCAAGUGACUAAUUUCUUCAGUAUUAUAGAAGUAGUUAUGAUGCUGAAUUUUGAUAAUAAAGCAUUGCAGUCUUUCCAACAGAAA